CCAUCCAGUUGGUACUCUACUAUGUAAUAAGAUAUGCGCAACGGCGACGACAAACGACAACGUGCGUCGCAAAGUCCGGUCCAGUCGUCAGUCGAGCAACAAGUCGUUCUCCCCGCAGUAGAUCACAUUUUAUUCGAGUAAGGUACAAUCCGUCAUCGCAUCGGUAGUCAUCGUUGAUUGGGUCAGCACAGUCAGCCGACUUGUAGGUAGUGAUAAACAGGUUGAACGCAAACAAUCAACCUUCCCCCCGUUCCGUGCCGGCCGUGGUGGAACAUACAGAAGUGCUGUAACCCGGGCCCGUAAGUAGCCGCAAGUGGUCGUCAAAUAUGUGAUAACAGUUAAACGACGACAUCGUUCGGUGGUUGUUGGCCUGCAAGUGAGUGUAAUUCGUGGAAACUGGAGUCGUUGGAAUUGCACGUGUUGCACUGUGUGGUGACGAAAACGCCCGCUAUCUAUCUACCUCCCUCGAUUGUUAACAACUCAAUCAUCGAUCGUCGUCUGUCCGGCCGGCAGCCAAGUGAACCGUAAUGUAGGAAACGGGCAAUAUUAAUCAUAUAAACUCUACAUUUCUUCCAAGCGGAACACAAAAGGCAUAAAUAUCGCCGUGCACACAUUGCAUGCGUCUGUAUUAUUAAAUGUUUGUACAAGUAAAGAAACGCUCAAAACACGAUAAGAACAUCAAGUGGUGAAGGAAGCGAAAAAAAAAAACCGCGCUGAAUAAAAAUGAUAACGUAAUAUAAAUAUCAAUCGCAGAACACAUGAAUGACUGAGAGGCACAAAUUUGGACUAACCAGUCGUCAUCGGUGUCCGGGAGCGUCGCGACAUCGUCCAUAAUAAGCGUUGCACUCGUCGGUCGAUGUAAUGAAUAUGUGCAGUUGCUUCGAAUGUUUCAAGUGCCAAACAAGCAAUUAUCCAUCGAACAAUAAGUGCCGAAAAUCCAGCAACCCACUUCCGACAUAACGAGAGAGAGGAGGAGGAGGAGGGGCCAGGUGAAAAGUCAGGUGAUUUGGGGGCGGAGGCGGCGCGCGAACAUCCCGUUACACCUUUCGUUGCGCCUCGCGAGAUAAUGAAUGGGAUCGGCUGCCUGUAUGGGGUGUUGCUGUUCCUCCUGAGUCAGACCGUCGUCCAAACGGCGCGACAGUUGCAUCAUCGACGCCAUAGUAGAUCUGUCGAAACCGAAGAAUCCGAAGACGGCCAGGAAAGCUACGUCGUGGGAGUGGUGGAAUUUCGUCCGGAACCUUCCGAUGUCGACGUGCGCAGCAGAACGGAGCGACACCUGGAAGCGUACGCAGACCUGAUCCGCUCCGACGAAGCCAAAGUUACCGACAUAAUUAUUUUCCCGGAACUCACUCUCAACACCUUUUCGGACUCAGUCUACGUUCCAGACCCAAGCACAAACGUGAUCCCCUGCGAGGAAAACUCCUCUCGGAAUGUGCUUCCUUUCCUAUCAUGUCUGGCCGCCGAAGUCGGCAAAUACCUCGUAAUAAACCUUUCGGAGAUUUUCGACUGCAAAUCGUGUGCCCCUCACGGGUACGUUUGGUACAACACCAAUGUCGUUUUCGACCGAAACGGAGCUGUGAUAGCGCGGUACCGCAAGUUCAACCUGCUCGGUGAACACGGUACCGAACGGACGUACGUGCCGGAGAUUGUAACAUUCGAGACUGACUUUGGAGUGACGUUCGGGUUGUUCACCCGAUCGGAUGUGCUGUUUGCGAGACCGGCCCUGGAGCUGGUCAAACGGGAUGUGAAGGACUUGAUCAUGCCCUCAAUGUGGCAAGCAGAGCUUCCGUACCUUACGUCCACACAGGUCUACGAAAGCUGGGCCUACUCGAAUAAUGUCAACCUGAUUGUGGCGGGUAGUAACAACGAGGCUACGGGCAGUACCGGAACAGGGGUGUUCAAUGGAAGAAGCGGAGCGAUCUUGUCAUUAGUUACUGGUGAACCAACUAGGCAACUGUUCCCAGUACGCGUGCACAAAAAUCCUGGAAUCCGCACAGCAAAUCACAUUCCACUGGAGGAUUCCGACACGGAAGCCGGUCGAUUACAUGGGAAGUUCCUCGAAGAAAUCAAUAUUGAACGUGACUUCCUGGAGCAGUUCACCACCCUGCAGAUCAAUCCGGAACGCUAUCACGACCAUAUCGGUCAAAUUAUCUGCAAUGGAUUCUUCUGUUGCGAAUUUAGUGUUACUUUAACCAUCGUCCCCGAUCAGGACGUGACCCAUUACUAUCGGUUUGCGGUGUUCGACGGAUAUCGGUCUCUUUCCAAGCACAGUGACACCUACAUAUCCACAUGUGGAAUCAUCGCCUGCCGAAAUCAGUCUCUAUCCAGCUGUGGUCUGCCCAUGAACGAAAACUCAAACUACCUCGCAUUCAACGAAAUCGUCAUUACGGGCAAGUUCCAGGCGAACGGAACGCUGGCGAUGGCGAACUCCCUGGACGACAUGUUACACCCGUUGAGCGUCGAUCAGUACACGUUCUACUCAUCCGUCAAUUACUCGAUGAACCAACAGGACGUUCAACUCACCCUGCCCAGUGGAAGCGUAGCCAAUCUGCAGACGUUCGCGAUCUACGCCAUAAAUUACGAAAACUUUGAGUACUUCAACCCGAUUGAGGCCCCUCCGGAGCCUACCACGGAGAGUUCUUCGAUCGAGUACGGCGCCGUUGAAGACGAUACUGGAGGAUCAACUAGGGCUACGACUCCGGGUGCUCUGCUUCUGCUGAUACUGAUGCUGCUGGUCAGCUCGGUACGAGAACUGAGGUUGUAAAGAGGAUCAAUGGUCAGAGACGAUCUGAUAGCUGUAAAUAGUGUAAAUUUUUCUCGUAGAAUAAUUGAAAAGUGUAUGCCAAAUUGUUAGGAAUAAGUUUAAACAAUGCAAGGAAAGGCGAAGUUACCAGCUGUUCGAUCUUUUUCCUUCCAAACCGACCGCGUCAGAAGCAGAUCGCCAACUGUCAAGAUUGGAGAGAUCGAGAUGUUCGAAUUCCAAGUUCCGUGGUAUUAGAUAGGUAUUUAAAACGUUCCAAAAAUGAUCAACUCGAAAGCAAUAAAAGUCAUAGGUUUUACUUUAUCGA